AUGGGAAACGACAUUGCGCCCUCUUUUGACGCGUCUAUCAAAGCCAUCAAGGAGACACUACCUGUGAACCUGCAGAGCCCUCGGGUUGGCGUUAUCUGUGGAUCUGGCCUCAGCGGCCUGGUUGACAUCUUUAGAGAUGUCGUUCUCGUCCCAUACGAGAAUAUCCCAGGUUUCUCCAAAAGCACAGUACCUGGGCAUAAGAGCGCUUUAGCAUUUGGGUUUUUGGGUGCUGGGGAAGGAGUUCCUGUGGUCGCCAUGCUAGGACGGUUCCACCCUUACGAGGGGCACUCACUCUCUUCGGUCGUUUAUCCUGUCCGGGUCAUGGCUAAGCUUGGAGUGAAAGACAUUAUCAUCACCAAUGCUGCGGGAUCUCUUAAUCCCUUGAUCCCUGUCGGAACAAUAGUGGUUAUCCAUGAUCACCUCGCGCUGCCCAACCUUACGGGCAUGAACCCACUCCUCGGUCCGCAGACGUCGCUCGAUUUGCCGCGGUUCCUUCCCCUCUCCGAUGCUUAUUCGCCUGCCCUUCGACGUCUGGCCUUCCUUGCGGCGUAUCAUCUCCAACUGGAAGAGUCUGCACUCGCAGAAGGCACGUACGCUUGGGUCAGCGGACCGACCUACGAAAGUCCUGCUGAGGGCAGAUUUUUAAGAAGAGCCGGCGCAGAUGUUGUCGGAAUGAGCACCGUUCCGGAGGUGCUAGCGGCCAGAGAGGAGGGUCUGAAUGUCAUGGUGCUGAGCCUGGUCACGAACUUUGUCGUCAUUCCAGAAACCUACAGAAGCAUCCGUGAAGAAGUGUUGGCCGAGCUGGAAGGGAAGAAGGUCGAAUUGCCCAAAGCUGAGAUCGUCUCCCACGAAGAAGUCUUGCUGAUCGGCAAAGAGAAAGCUAGGGUGAUGAGGAAGCUCGUCGAACGCGUCGUAGAAACCCUGUAA